GCGGUAUAUUGACAUGUAAACGUCAAAGUUCCAGAUGUGAUGUGGGAUAGGUUGUGUUUAAAAAAAUUGUUUAUAAUUUUCAACGUUUAAGUGUACAGUAAUUUAGCCAUGUAAAAUACGUGCCCAGGGUUACAUUGUAGAAUAGAUUAGCGAAUUAAAUCUUUAAAAUGGUGUCAAUCAUCAAAAAUCAGCUUUUAAAGCACCUAUCUAGGUUUACAAAAAAUUUGUCAGCUGAUAAAAUUAACCUAAGCACCUUUAAAGGUGAAGGGGAGCUGUCAAACUUGGAGUUAAAUGAGAUUGUUUUAACAGAAUUGUUAGAGUUGCCUUCGUGGCUCAGAUUAACUAAAGCUUGGUGUAAUAAAGUUACUUUUCGGAUAGCAUGGACUAAGUUAAAAAGUGUUCCAAUACAUUUAAGUCUGGACGAAGUUAAUAUAACUGUCGAAACAUGUGAGGAGCUUCGUUCUAUGUCAGCACAAGGCGGAUUGUCGUCUUACGCGGUACCAGGGAAAUACAGUUUUAUUCACAAAGUUAUAGAUGGCAUUACUGUCACGGUUAACACUGUAAAUAUACUGUUUAACAGCCCUGCUUUCACAGCCAGUGUACAGAUUUCCAGAAUAGUAGUGGAAUCAAAAAACCCGAGAUGGGUUAAGUCGGAUCUGCGCAUGACGAGGGUCAAAGACCCCGAAAAGGGUCAACUACUGAUUUUUAAGGAGUUAGAAUGGCAAACUGUUCGAAUUGAGGCAAAAUCCACCAUUGAUAAAAACUUGACCCCUUUGAGAUUGUUGACCAAUCAAGCUAGGUGUAGAAUUGUUAUAAAGAAAAGAAUAUCAGAUUGUUUUAUAUUGGGGUCAAGGUUGGUAAUUAUACUAGACGAUUUAUUAUGGGUGUUAACGGAUUCGCAGCUAAAAGCUGCCCUACAUUUUUUGGACUCCCUUUCCGGUUUGGUGCAAAGAGCCACCGAAAUGACGAGAACCGUGAAAGCCGCCAGAAAACUAGAGGAGUUGCCAAAUCAAAUGCCGGAAACGCGGGCAAACGAACGAUCAGUCAGCAAACUAUUCAGCAUGUACGACGUCGUCGAGACUUCCUACCAUUUCUUGUCGAACCAAAUUGUUCUGCACCUCUGUGACGAUCCAGGUUCCGGCAGGUCGAGUCAUCCGCACUUGAAAGACGGUGGCGCCCUCCAAAUCAGCGUGAAAAAGUUCCAAAUCGACUACUAUCCAUAUCACUUAGCACGGGACAACAGGAAAUGUUGGCCAAAGUACAACGCAUCCUCCAUACCUCACACAAUGUGGCAGGAGCAAUCGCUAGCGGCCUUCAGGACGAAAUUCAUCGACCUAAUCGACAAGCACCAAGUGCAACACGCACCCUUAAGUCGUUCCAACAAGACUCCGCCCUCGGCCGGCGCUUCGCCCAAUCAGGAGCAACGCAAGCCUCUCAGUCCGAGUCAGAAGGAGGCCAAACGACGCGUCGAGAUUCAACUGUCGAAACUGAUGACGACUUGCGUGGUCAUGCGCAUCGAAGAUUUCACUCUCUACAAGGUGACGACGUCCGGAAAAAAGCAACAGCUGAAGGAGUUCAUUUCCGCUCAACAUAAACGGAGAGACAAGGGUGCUUCAGGGGAUAGAGAACACAUGCAACUUCCAAAAGAAUCUAGCAUUUUACAUGCUGAAUUCAUUUACUACUAUUAUCCAAAUGAUGUACCAUUUCCAUUACCUCCGCCAAAAUUCUACGUGCAAGUCAACCCGAUACAAGUGGUUUUUGACGUUGACAGUUGCUUGUGGUUGAACUCAUUCGCCUUAAAUUUGUACCAAUCAUUGGUGGCAUCCAAAGCGGAAAUACCACAAAGCGAUCUAACCUAUAUCGACGUUAAAAUCGAAGCCAUACUGCCUAGGAUCAACUUCGAAUCGACAGUUGAGCACCCCAACCAGCGCGACAGACCGAAAUGUUUGAGCGUGCAGGUGACCAGAGCAACCAUAACGAACGUGCGCAGCUUGGAACAAUCCUCCCGCGCAGAUUUGGCGAAGUGCGUCGACUCGUUUCACAUGGGUUCGCUUUUUUUCGGGACGGAAUUCCCCUCGAAGCCGGGCGACUUCUACAUCGUCACGCAAAAGUUCUUGGACCACAUCUCGGCCAACGACAACGUCAGGGGCUUGCCCAACGAAAUCGACGCUUUGAAUCACCAGUUCACGCGGGAGUUGCUAUGGACGGAAGCCAAAGACGUGUGGUGCGCGAACUUGGACCCGGUUUGGGCCGACUUCGUGGGUUCGCGCGCAGCCGUGAGACCGGUGCCGUUUUUGGACGCCGUUCCCGUCACGGUGUGGCUGCACUCGCACAUGGACCCCAACUCGACGAUUCGAGGCAACGGCAACCCCGGUCGCGGCAACAACGCCGACAUACACGCGCUGGCUCACGUUGCGAAUCUCGUCAGCGUGCAAAUCAACCAUUAUCAGUACUUGUUUUUGCUGAGGUUGGCCGAAGAGGCGGCCGAGAUGGCCACGUUCUUGAGCAUAGAUUCCAGCAAGAUUUUGAAGGUUGACAGCAAUGGUUCCAUUGUAAUGGGAGCAUUGGUGCCUCAAGUGGAAGUGACGUUUGUAAUGCCAUCCCAGACCCCUGGAAAAGAAUCAUCAGGUGGCGAUGUGGAAUCCUUUGUGCCUGAUUCAUCCAGCAUAGCGGACGAUAUGCUUGUCGGUUCGAACGCCACGGUGUGGCAGAACAGCACGCUGUCCAUCACGCAAAACGACGGGGCGAAAAAAAUCGCCAACGGGAGCGGCACCCAUCUCGAACUCAGUACCAGCUACUCCAUGGAUUUCGCUCAGGAAACUCCGGACCCUAGGGGCGUCCUAAACAGGGACUUGCCGCCCCCAAUGGCCAACGCACCCUUCCAGAACAAUUUCAAUGCAGGCUUCUCCUCGAUGCGCAAAGGGUUCAGUAACCUGAUGUCGUCGAUAGAUAGCGCUCUGAAACCGAGCCCGGACGACGCCAGCGACACCAUGUCGAUUCAAAGCAACGAAUCGAGCGAUUCCGAGAGUUACGUGCUCAUAAAAAACAUAGAGGCGGACGUGGUGGGAUCCGAUCUCAUGUUUCUGGUAAACGAGUUUUCUUACGAGGCCCAAGCGAACGUCGAAGUCGCUAGCGAGGUUCUGGAGGAGGAAAAUACCAUAACCACCACUAGUGAUCAUUCUUUGACCAGUAGUUGCAGACGAAAAGAUUUGGUUUCUGUAUCUACGUUCAAGUUGAACAAAGUUGAGUUUUUGCAACAAUCCCAAGGAUAUUCUUCUUCAAUCAAAAUACAAGUCGGAAGCGUCUCGAAUGAAGACUGCAGUAGUAUCCCCUGGGAUGAAUUUCAGAGCAAAUUUAGCACGCGUUCUCGCGCUUGGACCGACAAUCCUCAGAACGCCGCCGCCUCGUCAAAGGUCAAACUAAGACUCGACCACACCCUAUCGCUGCCGUCGUCGAAGUCCAUGAUGCAAAUGGACUUCACGGAUCGCUAUAACAUGAAGCACAUAUUCAAAGAUCUAGUCACCAUCGAAAUCAGCGACAUCUCAUUGGAUCUGAACAUGUCGACUGUCACCGGAUUGGCCGAUCUGGCCGAGGACGAGGUCAUACCCAUACCAAUACCAGUUCAGAUUUCCGUUGAAAACCUGAGAGUUCAUUUGAACGAAGAUCGUCCCCCGGUAAAUAUUACGUCACCAGGCCCUAUUCCGAUCGACUUGAACGUGAGCGAGUUGUACAUCACCCGGGCGGAAGAUGGCGCUUUCAAUAUUUUUCCGAAGAAGGCGAUGGCGAAUUCCACGUCCUCAUUGGUCGAAGCUGCACCCUCAAACUCUCUUCAAAAACAAUCCUCCUCCGACCACGAGGAGCUCAAACGUCGUCUGCAAGCGUUCGAACGCGUUUCCGAGGAAAACCGUACGCUGCGAAAAUCGAGGGAAGAAAACGAACUCCUCAAAACGUACCUCAAAUCGUCGCAAGACGAGGUCGGGCGCCUUUUGGAGGAGAAAAACAAGCUGCUGGACGAGAUUAAAAAAAUGCAGCAGCUGUCGGUGGACAGAGGGUGGCAGUGGAACACGAAAAGAUAGCAAUGCUGUUUCGACUGCACUGCAUGCUGCUCCAACUUCAAGGAACGUGGUGACUAGUCGCUUUUUAAUAAAUAUAAUUUAGCAUGCUAGAAAAUCUAAAAAAUAUCACGCAAAUUCUUUUAAUUCGUCGAGAAGCGCAUUUUUGUUGGCGAAUCCCACAAAUAUCAUCAAAAUCACGUUUAUAUUGCGGAAGUUACGAAUUUUGGCCGCCAAGAUACCCCGAUUUGAGUUUAUGUAACUUUUUUGUUUGCAGGGGGAUUUUGAUGAAGUUUUGAAGGUAGGUUUAAUAAAAAAAUAUGUUUUUGUCUCUAUAAAUAUAUAACCACUUUUGGCAAUGUCUUUUAAAAAAAUUUAAUAUAUUCCAUCGGAAAACCAUUCCCGAUUUGAGUUUAUGUUACUUUUUUGUUUGAAAUUUUUAAGUAUACUAAGAAAAAUAUAUUUUGGUAUUUAUAUAUAAAUAUAAAACCACUUUUAACAAUGUCUUUUAACAAAAAUAUUACAAAAAUUAUUUUAUUUUCAUAGGAAAGCGUUUUUUUGUUGAAUCCUAAAAAUUUCAUCAAAAUGACGUUUAUAUUGCUAAAGUGGUGAUUUUUGGCCACCAAUAUGUCCUGAUUUUACUUAAUGUAGCUUUUUUAUUUUUAGGGUGAUUUUGAUAAAAUUUUGAAAAAAAUAUGUUUUUGUCGUUAUGAAUAUAAAACCACUUUUGGCAAAACUUUUACUAAAAUUCUUUUAAUUUCAUAAAAAAGCGUAUUUUUAUUGUUAAAUCCUAAAAAAAUUCAUCAAAAUCACUUUUAUAUUGCGGAAGUUUUGGCCACCAACAUAUCCUGAUUUGAGUUUAUGUAACUUUUUAUUUGUAUGGUGAUUGUGAUGAAAUUUUGAAGGUAAAGUGUACUAAGAAAAAUAUGUUUUUAUCGUUUUAAUUAUAAAUCUAGUUUUUGGAAUUUUUCUGUUGUCUUCUAAAAGAAUAUUACAAAAAUCUUUUAAUUUAAUUGAAAAGCGUUUAAUUUAAUUAAAAAUCAUUUCUAGAAAUUUUGUCAAAGUCACGUUAAUAUUGCGGAACUUGCGAUUUUUGGCCACCAAGAUAUCCCGAUUUGAGUUUAUGUAACUUUUUUAUUUGAAGGAUGAUUUUGAUGAAAUUUUAAAGGUAAAAGUAAAUAUACUAAGAAAAUAUGUUUUGGAGUUAUAGAUAUAAAACCACUUUUGGAAAUGUAUUCUAACAAAAAUAUUAAAAAAAUUCUUUUGAUUUCAUCGGAAAGCUUGUUUUUCUGGGUGGAUCCUAAAAAGUUAACAAAAUUGCGGAAGUUGCGAUUUUAGGCCUCCAAGAUAUACCGAUUUGAGUUUAUGUAACUUUUUUAUUUUAAGGGUAAUUUUGAUGAAAUUUUAAAGGGAAGUUUACUAAAAAAUAUGUUUUUUAUCAUUUUAAUCAUAAAACCAGUUUUUAAAAUUUUUCUGGUCUUUUAAAAAAAUAUUACAAAAACCUUUUAAUUUUAUUGAAUUGAAUUGGUGAAUCCUAAAAAUUUUGUGUCAAAGUCACGUUAAUAUUGCGGAAGUUGCGAUUUUUGGCCACCAAGAUAUCCUGAUUUGAGUUUACGUAAUUUUUUUAUUUAUAGGGUGAUUUUGAUGAAAUUUGGAAGGCAUAAAUAUAAAACCAUUUUUUAGAUUUUUUCUAGCCAUGUCUUCUGCAGCCUAGACCUAUAAUUUCUAUUACAAAAAUACUCUCUAUAAGCUUUAAGGCUUGCUAGGUCUUGUAAAAUAAGUUAUAUAAAAAAAAAUCGUCAUAUUAUUUGAAUAAAAAGGUUUGAUAUCAUACAAAUCUUUUAAACUUGAAUCUGUCUGUGGUUUUAGAGUGAUGUUUGCACCAUUUCUUUAAAUUUUGCGGUUGGUUAAUCAUAAUUAUAUAAAAGAAAUUGAGUUCAUUCUUAAUGCUAUUAUCUAAUAUGUAGAUAUAAAAAUUCCUAUUUUAUACGUAAGAUUAUCGAAUAUUUUUAGGCUAGGUAAAAAACAAAUGGUUACGUAUUUUUUUAUUAUUGGUUGUAAAUUUUUGAGCACUUUUUAUUUUCCAAGCACCAUAUAAGUACUUAGGGGUUUCAAUAUACAGGACAGUUGGAAAAUAUUGAAAAAACUGUUCUGUAUUUUUUUAUAAUUGUACAAAUUGCUGUACAAUUAUUAUUAAGUUUAUAAUCAUGUAUAUAAGAGUGUACGUAAUAAAUGUGAAAUGCCAAAGAAUUGUAAGAAAAUUUCAUAUAUCAUUGUUUUAAAGAAAUUAAAGGAGAUUAUUUAUAUAUUUUAUCUAAAUUCUGUCUAAGUGUUUUUCCUGUAAGUUGGAGAAAGGAUCCAUCCAAUAUUGUGAUUAUUUUUUAGCUGGUUUUAUUUUUUUUUAGUUUUUUAUUAGAUUUAAUCAUGCAAUAAAAUGUCAUAUAUUAUAGACUGUUAUUUUUUGUAAGAAUAUGUAACAAAUAUGUUGUUUUAAUAAAUCAGUUUAUGCAUCAA